AAUGAAUUAUGUAAAAUAUAUUGCAAAUAGAAUAAACUCUAUAGGUGAAGCUAACGAGGAAAUAGAUAAUAACGAUCAAACAAAAAAUGAAACGGAUGAUAGAAAAAAUAAUGGGCUUUCCAAGAAACAAAGGAAAAGGCGUAAUAAGAAAGCUAAGAAAUCAAAUAAAAACAAUAUUGAGGAAGAUAAACAUAAUGAAGAAAGCGAUGUUGGGAAUGGGGAUAAGGAUUUAAAUGAAGAAAUAAUUGUGGAAGAUAAUAAUGAGUUGGACGAGGAAAAUGAAGAGAAUGAGGGCGAUGAAGAAGAAGAUAAUGGUUGGAAAUUUAAUAAAGAAGAUGAACUGAAAAGGAGAAAUGAAGAGAAGAAGAAAAUUAGAGAUGAAGAAAGAUCGAGUAAAUUAAAAAUAAAAGAGGAUGGAGAUAUUAAAUCAUUACUAGCUUUGAAUAAUAGUAAGAAGAUGGAUUUAAAAUAUUAUUUAAAUAAUACGAAUAUAAAAAUUAAAAAUGAAAAUGUUGAAGAUUUGGAAGAUUUAGAAGAUGAAUUGGAAGAAGGAAAAAAUGGAAAAUUGAGAGAAGGAAACGAAAAUCUGGAGGAAGAAAAGAAUGAAGAUUUGGAAAAAGAAUUAAGAUGAAAAGAUUGAAGAUUCGGAAAAUAAUAAAGAAU